AUAGUUUUUAAAUCACAAAGUUAUUGAUUGCUCUAGAAUAGAAUUGGUUAUUAUUGUGAAUGGUUAGAGAUAAAUAAAGAAGAGUGCUUCAAACAGCUGUUCACAAUUCAAUUUGUUUAUUGGAUGCUGCUUAAUGAUUUAAAUUUUUAAUAUUAUUUUUAAAUAAAAUAAGUUAAUAAAAAUGGCUAAAUUUGAUUUUUGGACGUAUCCAAAUAUACCGCCUAAAAUUGGGGAACAACUUCAGGCAGACGAUAAGCGUUUGUUAAUAAUUGGAGUUAUUGGAAAGUCAAAUAGACCAGAUUGUAAUAAAAUGGUCCCACUCGGUGUUCUGAACAGUUACCCUAUUUUCAUAGACCAUCCACCAAAAGAGGGGCAAAUACAAUUUUAUUAUAAUCGCAAGAGCUCAAUACUUUAUUUACAUUUUGAGACAUCAUUUGACAAUGAAUGCAUGUACAAAAUGCUGGACGCAAGUUUGGCCGAUGAAAAAUACGAUGAGUUUUUGACAUUCAGUCAACGUGUAAGAAGUCGUUUUGCACGUAUGUUUCUGUUUGCCACACAAGUAUGCCAUCUUAUCAUUUUUGUAGAGUCGGGUAUGAACUUCGACUGCUCAUUACUUCCUAUAUUCAAAUCUUUAAAAAUAAUUAGAGAAAAGUUUCUUCUAAAAUUUAUACACAAAUUAAUAAAAAACUCCAGCACUGGGGCUUCUAUGGGUAAACCAGCACGUAUGUGUACUCCAAGAAUAAUAUUUUAUUUUGAAAACUAUCCAGAAGGACAGGAAUUAUCCAAAGAAGCAAUAAAUGGUUUAGAAUUCGAAUUUGAAAAUUAUAUUUAUAAAAUGCUACGCAAUGAAUUUAUUGUGACGAAUAAUAAUGCCAUGUCAUUGUUUGCGAUACCUAUUAAUCAGCGUUUUGUAUACUUUAAUACUGAUCCACGUCUACACAUAGAUCCCAUAAUAAGAUCAGGUGAAAUACUUAAAAAUGUCGCAAACGUAAGAAAUUUCAAUGAGUACAAAGAGUAUUGCUUUAGUAAACUACGCCCUCAUCCGGGAUUCGCAAGAUCUUUUCCACCAAUGCGUAGUAAUUAUAAUGAAUCCGUUAAUGCUAUCUUUUUGAUGAAUCAUAAUUUUGAAAAAUUAAUUAAGGAUCACGAAGACGAAGCCUUUCAAUAUGGAUUUGAUGAUAAUUCAAGCAAAUAUAAAGGAAGAAAUCAUUUUGUGAUAUUACAUUUCAAAAGCUGGUAUGAAACAUUUAAGAUAUAUCAUAAAAUAUUUAUUGAAAAUCCAGAUGAUCCUGAAUUCGAUGCCAAAGAUGCAGAUUAUAGAGCCUAUUUGGAGAACUUUGACAAAAUUAUAGAUUGUGAUGCUGAAUUUUUCGCAACUUGUUGUGAUAUUGGUUAUAAGAAAGCAUAUAACUUUUAUAACAAUCCUACCUUAUUACACUACAGCAGUUCGGUACAUAAUAAAAUGGUACAGGAGGCCAUUGAUUUGUAUAUGCGUUACGCAUGCGGCCCGAACGCAGAAGUUCAUAUUGAAAAAUUGCGUAUGCAAUGCGAGAAAUGUUGGCACAACGGAAAGCAACAAUGCGAACAUCCGAGCUUACGUGGCAAUCCCUGCAUAAUGGCAAAGCAUGCAAACGCAAAUAUAUCAGAGCAUUCCAGCGGUUUUAUAUUUAUCUCAUCGUGUAAUUGUGGGCAUACGCAAGGACGUCGUGACGAUCCAUAUACAUUGCGACAAGCUAACUACGAUUAUUACGAGUUUCUUGGGAAUAAUUGCAAUUUGUGCUUUAAAGUGAAACGUAUAGCUUUUCCUGUGUUCGAACCAUCUGUACAUGAUUUCAGGUAUAAAAAACAACGAAACAGAAUUAUCACGAUUUUAACUAGACCCGCUGAUUAUAAAUACAAUACCGAAGGAGAAUUUCCCAAACUCACACUAACUGAAGGAAAGGCCACGGAACCAAUGCACCUAACACUCUCUCAAAAAACAAACGAAACCAUGAAUAUAUUUGAGUUGUCACAGCCGUUAACAGCAUCUCAAGGGUCACAUGUAAGACUUAGUUUGACUGACAAUUCAUUGAAAAUGAAGUCUGACAGUAGUGGUUUAAAUAGUUCUGAAGAAUCACUAAAUGAAUUGGUAUUAAAAGUUGGAGAUAAAUCAACUGAUGAAGAGAAUGAGCGUAGUAUAUGCAGACAACCAUCGACAACGGAAUAUCUAUCUGGCAUGAUACAUACCGAAAGUCCAGAAGGCGUUUUACCUCAAUUUCCAAGUUGGUCAUUAGUUUGUGCUGGUUCUAGUUCAAUAUAUAGUCAUAGCACCGGUUUAAUGGAACAUUUUCAAAGUGGUUUUCUAUCUGGUUCGAAUUUCUUACUACCCUGGGAUGUGCAUGUGCGUUUGGAGCAUUCAGCGUCAUGGGCUGCAGAAAGGCAACGAUUUCGUAAAAUGGGUGAAGUUUUUAUAUUAAAAGUAUUUGUCGGCUAUGAAUAUGAAUGCCCACGUGGCCAUCGUUUUAUGAUGAGUGCCCCUGAUAAAAUACUACGCGGUGGUUCUGAAAUAAUGCGUGAUAGUGGCAGCAAAGUUGUUUAUAAUAAUAUGCCACUUUAUUUUCCUUGUCCAUGUCGUACAAGUCAUGCUUAUGCAGCGCAGCUUAUGCGAAUUCAUGUAGUAACACCUAAAGCACCUGUUGAUGUUAUGCUGGAUCCAAAGGUAAAGGCUGGAGAUUGUGAACGCACAUUUACGCUCGGCUUACCACGUCCGCCAAAACUAACUCAAAGUGCCUAUUGGGUACUACGACUUCCUUAUAUUUAUCAAGCUGAUGGAGGGUUAAUAAUACCUCCGCAUGAGCUAACAGAAUCUAACGCAAUAAAUUACGGCUACAUAAUAGCGGGCAUGUUCGGAGUAGUUGAAUCAGAAAUGGAAGAUUAAACACUUAUAUCUAACAUAAAUUAUUGUUUAAGUUUUAA